UUAAGCUUUGGUCACACCGCAACAUUUUGGAUUUUAUUUUCUGUGUGUUUUUUCCAGAUAUUCUGCCGAUUCCUGCUCAAAGCUUUUGUGGUUUUUCCAAAAGUUGUGGGCAUCUCCAUGUGAAUGCAGCAAAUUGCAAUAGAAGUCACUGGAACUUGAUGCCCUACCCACCGGCAUGGCGGUCAAGGUGCAAUUCGAAAUUGGCCACACGUCGAAGCUGCGCAGCAAGAAGACCCCGCAUCCGCAGGGCUUCACCCACGAUUGGGAGAUAUACGUGCAGGGCGUGAACAAAGCGGACAUCAGCGCCUUUGUGGAGAAGGUUGUCUUUCUGCUGCACGAAUCCUUCCCCAAACCCAAGCGAGUGGUUAAGGAACCGCCGUAUGUCAUUCAGGAGUCGGGCUACGCCGGCUUCCUGCUGCCCGUGGAGAUCUUCUUUCGUAACCGGGACGAACCCAAGCGAAUCGUAUACCAGUACGACCUGGUACUGCAGACGACGGGACCGCCGCAGCACCACGUCGAGGUUAAGACGCACAUCUUUGAGGCCCCAUCGGAGGAGUUUCGAACGAAGAUGAUGCGCGGCGGCGGAGUGCCCGUGUUUGGGGCCAACAUCGGCGGCAGCAGCCUUGCGCGGACGCUUUCGCCAAGCGUUGGCAGCGGUGAGACGCCGCCAAACAACGAGAUGGCUCUGGUCAAAGCCAAAGGAGUCCCUGGUACGAUCUCGUUAAACGUGGAUCUGGGCGCCGGCAAAAAACACAAGUCGCGCAACGAGGAUUCCGGAAAGAGCAGCGCCUUUUCCGCCCUCUUUGGCGCGCCCAUCACGAAGGGCAGCGCCGCGGCCAACAACCUGGCCUUGGUCCCCGUCUCCAAGCACUCGCCGGAGGCCAAGACCGUUGCGGUCAGCGGCAAGGGAGGAUCACACGAGGGACGAGACAAGGCAAGCAAGGAUCGGGACAAAUCCAGCAGUGGAGACAAACCGCGGGACAAGGACAAGAAGGAUCGCCACGGCCGCGACAAGGAUCGCAAGUCGAGCAAGUCCGCCGACGGCAAGCACGAACGGGAUAAGGAAAAGUCGAAGAAGGACAAAACUCGCGACAAGGAGCGUGAGCGUGAGCGCGAGCAGAGUUCAGGCAACACUCCAUCCACCGGCGCUCUCACGGUGGCAAACUCCACGGCUCAAGUUGCAGCUGGAGCUUUGGUAAAGCACACGGCAAGUCCCAGGCCCGGAAAGCAAAACGACAUGGGAGCGCCCAGUCCCAAGAAGGCGGCAAAUGAGCCGACCGCGGGUACUGCUGCGCCGGCAUCUCGUUCCAAAGAGCGCGAUGAGCAUAGGUCGGGUAAGUCCGAGUCCAAGGACAAGGAGCGCAGCUCCAGCAAGAAGUCCAAGAAGGAGAAGAAGGACAAGGACAAGGAGCGCGAGCGGGAACGGGAUAAGCAACGCGAUGAGAGUAAGGACAAGCGAAUGCCAAAGGAGGAACGAUCAGCCCAGAGCGCCAGUCCGGCUGCCGGAAACCCCCAACCUGCCCAGCAAAUGCCGCAGUCGCAGAUGGCCGGUACAGGCAAGGCCACGCCCACUUCUGUGGGCAGCAAUAGCAGCAGCAGCAUGGUGUCAAACAGCGGCAAGCAAAAAGACGAAUCCACGGGCAAACACGCCGAGAAGGGCACGGAGUCCAAGGUGGAUAAGGGCAACAGCAACGGCAGUGCGGCAGACACCAAGAAAUCCCACAAGCACAAGAAAAAGGACAAGAUUAAGGAUAAGGAAAAGGAGCGAAGCGAUCGCGACAAAGACAAAGACAAAGAGCGUGACAAAGAGAAGCCCAAGGAUCGGGAGAAAGACAAGCAGCCAGCGACCACAACCGAAAAGCCUUCAGCUGCCGAGCCAUCGCCCAAAACCGAGGGAGCCAGUCCAGCCACCGAGGGAGGGGCGGCGGACAAGAUCGGAGCCAGUGCCAAUGCCAGCAGCAACAAGAAGGAGAAGCACAAAAAGUCAAAGGAUAAGUCCUCCGGCAAGGAAGAGAAGCGUCAGCGGGAUGCGGGCGACAAGCAACCGGAGCCCAAGCACACUGGAAAGCAGCAGCAGGCACAUCUACAGCCGGGUCAGAGCAAGGCGCCCAGCAACCUGGACCUUAGCGACGUAGACUCAGCCCAGUCGGCCCCGGACUUGGCGGCCACCAACGCCUUGGCAGCAGCAGCAGCUGCCACCCUCCAACACUCCGACAGCUCCAACAGCAGCUUUCCGGACCUGCCCGCCAGGGGCUCCAGCCUGCAAAAGGCGGCGAAGGGCAGUGGGGGUCCCGGAAAGGAGGCAAAGCCUGCUGGCAAGGAGCACAAAGGCAAGUUUAAGCAGAACGACAAGAACAGCGACAAAAACACUGACAAGACGGAAAAAGCGGACAAAACUGCAGACGCCAAGCUGGAGAAGUCCGAGAAGGAGAAACCGGACAAAGAGGAGAAGAAGCGCAAUCGACGAAGCUCACAAAACAGCAACAGCGGCAGUGGCGGAGGCGGAGGUGCAACCGGUGGCUUCAUAGAGCCACCCGUUAAGCCCUCCAAGAAGGAGCAGAACAAAGCGCCGCGAGAAAAGUCAAAGUCGCCCUCACUGCGUCCAUCCAGAGAUACCAACUCGACCGGGUCCGGCGGAGGGGCAUCCAAUGCGGGAUCAGGCUUUCUGCCGCCGCCAUCGUCUUCGCCCAGCAACAACCACGUGGGGUCGGUUACGGCAGCUAGCUUAAACAAUAACAAUAUCAAUACGAACAGCAACAGCGGUCACUCGCCCACUGAAAUGACGACGCCGGGACAGCUUCAACUGCCAACGGAAUAUUUGAGCGAGCUGCAGGAGUUGCACCACAAGAUCAUGACGCUGCAGGACAACGAGGAGUUGCAGCAAGUCGUGGAGAUGAUAGCGGCCACCGGUUGCUACGAGAUCACGCACAAGACGUUCGACUUCGACUUGUGCAAGCUGGACCGCGGCACCGUGCAGCGGCUCCAGGAGUUCCUGGCCACCUCGGUGUCGUGACACUCCCUGACCUCCACAACCGGCCCGGCUCUCUACAGCUAGAUGUUGCACAAACCCCUCAUGCACAUAACCAAAUCAUUAAGCUUAGUGUUAACGUUGUAAGCCAAAUGAAAAUGACUCGGCUCGCACACAUCCCCGAUUCCCCGCCUAGAUCCUAAGUUGUUGACCCGAAGGGCACACAAAAAAUCCGAAAGAUUUCGCUUAUGAAUAUAUUGAAAUCGUCCUUUAGUUUUUGAGACUCAUAUGAUUUAAGGCCUAUUUUUAUGUUUUUGGUAUCCUAUUCGAUUGUAACUUAAUGAUUUUAACAUUCUAUGCUAUUUUUUCUAGACGCUACGCUACACUACACUAGUUUACACAAGAUCGUACCUCUUUAGAACCUUAUUUUGAAGACUAUUCUAAGAUUUCUGAACUUAAAGUACUUCAAAUUAAUAUCUCUAAAGCGGUUACUUGAAAUAAAAGUUUUUAAGGUACUCGCCAAAAAGGUAUUUGUAAACUAGUGGUUAAAACUUGCGAAUAAAUUAUUACUUUCGUACGAUGCUUACGUACUUAA